AACGAGGCAACACCACAGAACAUUCCCAAAACCACAACGAACGAACAAAUUGAAGCCUGCAUCUAGAUGAAUCGAUUUCAAAAUGGUAUUUCAAAAGACUGACACCGAGAAGGAGAAUUCGAGGAGAAAAUAAAGGAGAUGGAGAAGUUCCAGCAGAGAAACCACACACUCAACAACAACAAACUAAACCUACAACGCAGGGCAAUUAGAAUCCCAAAUAUGUAACGGCCCUGUUCUCUAAGUCAAAUUUUAUUCGGAAUUGAGAAACUGGCACGUCAACGAAUAAACAUUUUUCGCCAGCUUCUUCGCAAUGACUCAGAAGCUCUAAGCGAGUUAUUUUCAAUUUCCAAUCCAUUUAAUGUUGGCAACAGGGCUGUCUAUUAUUAAUAUUGUGCUGUCCCUUUGCUGUAUUUUGUAUUUGUAAAAUUUAAUAUUAAGGAAAUUACUUUGACAUUUACUCAACUUAAUUUCGCGCUAAUCGUGCCAUAUUAGUUCUAAAUUUGUGUUCACACAACGAUUGUUGGCAACGAUUUGCCCAACUCACCUAACUUUGUAACAAUGAAUCAAAAUCAAACGAACUUUCUACGCGUAACUAAGGGCUUUAAUAUUGUAUCGCUAUCACUACCACUAUCAUGAUCAACAUCAGUUAAUCUGUAUAUCUGAUCAACAUCAGUUAAUCUGUAUAUCUGCCUUAAGUUGUUGCACUCUAAAAACAAACAGAGCUAUAAAGCAAACAUAAGUAUAUUUCGUAAGAUGCAUGCCUCAAUUGUAAAAAACGAAAGUAAUAUGUUAGUGUUUCUGUUUUUUUGUCUGUUGAGACGGCCUCAUGAAUUGUAACUCCUAAGCUUUGUCACACACAUACAGAUUAUCAUUUGCAGCGUUUUUACAUUAGUUUAGGAAAGAAAUGCAACAACAAAAACAAACCACAAAAAAUAAACCACAAAUCGAAAAGAAAGAAAGAAACAUUUCUUUUAUUGCGUUAUAUAAGGCAUCUAGGGCUAUUUACAAGCAAAUCAGAUCGUGCAAAGUGCGGGAAUUUGCAAUUCACUCGCACAGACGCACUGAAUCCCAAUUAGGGAGCUCGAUUUGCCGCCAAACUGGAGGCCUUUAAAAUGUGAAGAUCGGUUAACAGUGCGGCCAGUCAAUUGCGAAACAUGAAAGCGGCGAAAAGUGGCGACAGGAUGGCGUAUCCAUGGAUUAAAAUUAAACCACUGCUGAUGUGGCUACUAGUCUUAGUGUUCGUUUUUUUCAACUGCUGUCUGGGCGGCAAGACGACCACCAUUGUUAGCCACACAGACACUCUGGAUCCGCAGGCCGAUGGCUUCUGGGCCAACAAGACCACGUGGAACGCUCGGUGGGUGAAGUACUGGCGGGCCAAGAAGAUCUACGAGCCGGUGUGGAAGAAGGUCUGGACACCCACCAUCCACAACGAGUGGGUGCCCCUGCCCAAUGCCCCCAACGAGUGGGAGACGGAAAAGGGCCACUCGUACAAAUCACACUAAGACUGACU